UACAUACACAAAAUUUUAUCUUCACUUCACUUCAUUGCAAGGAGAAAUGGUGUGCUUUACGAGUUCAAAUUUAUUAAAAGCGAAAUUGUAAAUAUUCUUUAUAUUUUACGCACUUAUUAAAAAGUGGAUGUGCAUAUUGACCUAGCGUGUGUUGUGUCGAGAUUCAAGCGUGAAAAGAAAAGUGACUCCGAUCUGGUUCUGACUGUGUGUGAAUCUUGUGAGAGAGCGAGCUUAAAAAGGAAAUAUACAACAUAAAAUAUUACGUGUGUGAGCUGUACUGAAACAUACAUACAUAUAUUGAAGGCAUUACAUCCUGUAGUGUUACUACUAACCCUUUAUUAAUAGUAAUUUUGAGAGAAUCGGAAAAUGGAUUUCGUACAAGUAUCCGAGGAGGAGGGUGACGAACCAAUUGAACUUCCUGCUGAGGAAGAUGGAACUUUGUUAAUAUCCACACUACAGGCACAAUUUCCUGGUUCGUGUGGACUCAAAUACAGGAACAUCGACUCGAAAGCCGUCCGCGGUGUUCGUUCAAAUGAAGGCAGACUUUUUCCACCAAAUGCGGAUUCGGAUUGGGGGGAAUAUGUCUACUUUUGUGUGUUUCCAAAAGGUAUUGAAAUUAACAGAAGCUCUGAAGAACAGCCCGACAGUCCUUAUCGCACCAUAUUGCCUCCCAUAGAGAACAAACGUAAGAGCGAUGAUAACUUGGAAAAUUCAACUGCAAAAACUAAACGCAUUGAAACCCGUUUGCGUUGCACUGAUUUGAUUGUUUUGGGACUGGCUUGGAAAACUACGGAAGACAGUUUACGCGAGUACUUUGAGAGCUAUGGCGAAGUGCUCAUGGCGCAAAUAAAAAAAGAUGGCAAAUCGGGACAGUCAAAGGGAUUUGGAUUUGUACGUUUCGGUUCUUAUGAAGCACAAAUGCGUGUACUAGCAAAUCGCCAUCUUAUCGAUGGAAGAUGGUGCGAAGUUAAAGUUCCAAAUUCAAAGGGCGUGGGUCAUCAAGUGCCGUGUAAAGUAUUUGUUGGACGUUGCACAGAGGACAUCAACUCAGAUGAUCUCCGCGAAUACUUUUCAAAGUUUGGCGAGGUCACCGACGUUUUUAUCCCUCGCCCAUUUCGCGCGUUCAGUUUUGUCACAUUUCUUGAUCCUGAUGUAGCCCAGUCUCUCUGUGGCGAAGAUCAUAUAAUUAAAGGGGUGUCGGUUCACGUUUCAAAUGCUGCCCCCAAGGCUGAGCAAAGCCGUACCCAUCAAGGCCAAAAUUACAACUAUAAUUCUGGAAAUAAUUUUGGAAUGCAUUCGUACCAUCCUCAAGGGAAUCACAUGAACUCUGGCCGUAACGGACACCAUAGAGGUAAUAACCAACACAAUCUACACGGAGGUGAUAACACUGCAAUCGGCAAUAGUCACAGCAACAUUGGCAGUGGUGGCUACGGAAUGGGUAGCAAUAAUAAUUAUGGUGGAAAUUUGGGCGGGGGUUACACAAAUAGUAGUAAUCAUAAUAGUGGUGGCAAUAUGAACCGCCAAGAAGCAGGUAUUCCCUAUAAUAGGCAGAAUAAUUUUCAUGGCAUGAAUCAGCCACACAAUGGCAACGUAGGUAAUAGCGGUUGGAUGAACAGGGGACAUUUGGACAUGCCUAACCUACAAGCUUUAGGCAUUAAUUCGCAAGGAUCCAGCUCUUCAAAUCAAGGGCAAAACAUGAACAACCCUUUAGGCGUCGGACUUAAUUUAAACUCAUUGCCGAUGAACCCUGCUUUGGUUGCUGCUGCGUUGAAUCAGUGGAGCCUUCUUGGCAAUCAGCUGCAAAAUCAAAACCAGGAUCAGCAGGGAGGCAACUUUUUAUCAUGGAUGGCUCAAAACAACGGAGGGCAUUCUAACUCUAACAUUAACUCUGGGGGCCGCAAAGGACCAAAUAAUCCAAACAAUUCCGGUUCUAGCGCUAUGAUCAAAGGUGAUAACUCAGCUUCUAAUGAUCAGCAGAAUGGUAACUCCUGGUCAAAUCAAAGCAGUGGCUCCCAAAACUCUGUGGACAAAUCAAAUUUUCUCUAAAUAAAUAACUAUAAACUGUAAAGCACUUUACCAAUAUGGUAC